CAAGACCAACAUCAAACACACCCUAAAAAGCUAUCUUAAUUUGUGAGGAUGAUACUUCCCUUAUUCUUCAUCUCUUGUCUCCUCCUUUCCUCCAGCAGUAGCUCCCAUGCUGCUGUACAAGACUUCUGUGUAGGUGACCUCACAGCUCCUCAAGGCCCUGCAGGCUACUCUUGCAAGAACCCUUCAACUGUCGCAGUGAAUGAUUUUGUUUACUCUGCCCUAGGCAUUGCCGGUAACACCUCAAAUCUUAUUAAAGCCGCAGUGACACCAGCAUUCGCCGCACAAUUUCCUGGUGUCAAUGGCCUUGGAAUUUCUUCUGCUCGUAUAGACUUGGCUCCUGGCGGAGUUGUGCCAUUUCAUACACAUCCUGGAGGUUCCGAAAUCUUAAUUGUUUUACAAGGAACAAUCUCUGCCGGGUUUGUUUCCUCAGCUAACACUGUUUACUUUAAAACCCUGAAGGUGGCUGACAUUAUGGUUUUCCCUCAAGGAUUACUUCACUUCCAAGUAAAUGCCGGAAACACUGUCGCCCAAGCAUAUGUUAGCUUUAGUAGUUCAAGCCCAGGUCUCCAAAUUCUGGACUAUGCAUUGUUUGGAAACAAUUUACCUACCGAAUUGAUAGCAGCAACUACUUUCCUUGACUCUGCUCAGAUUAAGAAGCUUAAAGCUGUUCUUGGCGGCACUGGUUAAGGUCUUCGUGUGUAGUUCAUCAACCAAUAAAAAUGUUUCCAGAGAUUCUCUUGCUUAAUAUUUUUGUUUGUCUUCGUGAUUGAUCCUGUAAGAGUAGGAUUCUUCAAAGUCUGGCAGUCUAUAGCUAGCUAGGUUUAUUAAUAAAAAUAAGUGUCUAGCGAGUGGUUUUUGUGUUGCUUUUGGAACUUUGAUUGUACGCUUUUUAAUGAGUGCAUGUAUGAAUAGUACGCAAUAUUGUUGAAGGCAAAUGCCUAUGCCUAUGCCUUCGACGAAGCAAGAUGAAUAAAUUAAUGCUUGAUCUUUA